UCUUGGCGCUAUUUCUGGUUUAUGCCGAGAUUUUUGUUGAGUUGGAGACGCCGACUCAAUCGACCAUACCAAUCAGAAUUCAUCACAAAACUCAUCGCUGGCAAGUGGGUUGCUAUGGGCGGAGCAAGCCCCGCUGUCUUUCAUGCUUCUUGCGUUGGACGGGGGUACUCCACUGUCAACUUGCUUCCUUCCCUUUUCAAUUUUGCCCCUGAGAGUGGGACAAACUGGAGGUUCCUCGUCCUGUUUCCCCCGUGUGUUGGAAGUUUGAGCCGGAGUGAUAUAGACAGUUGCUGUUGGAUGUUAUUUGAUACUGCCAUUACUGGAACCUUGGUUCUAAUCAAGUAUUCAUUCGCGGCCUGGUCAAUUGUAACAUGAUCUUGCAACGCAAGCAUCAGUAGGCCUACCAGCAGUUCGAUCUUUGCCGACCGGGAAAUACUGCCACAGCAAAUGUCAAUUGACUAUAAGAGAACGCUACCAUAUUACCUGCGCUAUAAGGAGAUACGUAAACAAUGAAACUGACUGCGACCCUCUUCUUCAUUUCACCGUAUCUCUCCAGCGGUACAACCCAGCCCUCUAAGACUCUACCAUCCAUUACUAAUGAAAGAAAGACAGUCAGUCAUUACAAAGACUAUAGCUCAUGACAAAAAGCAAGAGUCGUUUCCCACUGUUACUUUCUACAUGAAACCAUUCUAUCCACACGUGCUGUGAGACCCUUCGGACAGAAUUCUAAAGAAGUGUGAUGUAACACCUCCACCGUGAUUCAGAUCUCAUAAUGAGAGCACAUAUAUGGGUCGUGCGCACGAAUAUCCGCUCUUUGAGAUCGUCUAUAGCGCCCAUACGUGUGAUAGUGUCGGAAUUGUAUCACAUUCUUCCAUCACUGUAUCGUGUUCGUUGUAAAGCUGCAAAAAGUAAAUAGCUAUCUAUGGGGUAACCUCAUCCCACGCGUCCGCUACCUGUAUGAGAGACCCCGCUUGAGGUCUCGUAGCCCCCCUGUACCCCCUCCACAUCGCCAAAUAAAAAAGAUAAGAUGUUCCCACCCAAAGACGUUGGAUCGGC